UGCCCUCCCCUCCCGCCUGCUCCGCUCCUCCCUCGGCCCUGGGCCUGCGUCGGGUGUGAGGAAGGGGGGAAAGCCCCGAGGGCGCCCCGUCCCUCCCUCUUUCCCCUCCCUCCAGUCUCUCGCUCUCUCCCCCCUCAGGUGGAGAUAGUUUCUAGAAGCCCGUCCCGGCGUCCUUUGCGGCCCCAACAUGGAGGAGCUGACGGUGGAAGUGCGCGGCUCCAACGGGGCCUUCUACAAGGGAUUCAUCAAAGAUGUUCAUGAGGAUUCACUCACAGUUGUGUUUGAAAAUAACUGGCAACCAGAACGCCAAGUUCCCUUCAUUGAAGUAAGAUUACCACCACCACCUGAUAUCAAGAAAGAAAUUGGUGAAGGAGAUGAAGUGGAGGUGUAUUCACGAGCAAAUGAGCAAGAGCCUUGUGGAUGGUGGCUAGCAAAAGUUCGAAUGAUGAAAGGGGAGUUCUACGUCAUUGAGUAUGCUGCCUGUGAUGCCACUUACAAUGAAAUAGUGACAUUCGAACGACUUCGGCCUGUGAAUCAAAACAAACCUGUUAACAAGAACACAUUCUUCAAGUGUGCAGUAGAAGUUCCUGAAGAUCUGAGAGAAGCGUGUGCUAAUGAAAGUGCCCAUAAGGAUUUUAAGAAAGCUGUAGGAGCCUGCAGAAUUUUUUACCAGGCUGAAACUGCUCAGCUAAUAGUACUGUCUGCCAGUGAGGCAACAGCGAAAAGAGUAAAUAUCCUGAGUGACAUGCAUUUGCGCAGCAUUCGAACGAAGAUAAUGCUUAUGUCAAGAAAUGAAGAAGCAACAAAGCAUCUAGAAUGCACAAAACAGCUUGCAGCAGCAUUUCACGAGGAAUUUGUUGUCAGAGAAGAUUUAAUGGGACUUGCAAUAGGAACACAUGGUAGUAAUAUACAGCAAGCCAGGAAGGUUCCAGGAGUUACUGCAAUUGAGCUUGAGGAAGAUACCGGAACUUUCAGGAUCUAUGGAGAGAGUGCUGAGGCAGUAAAAAAGGCUAGAAGCUAUUUGGAAUUUGUGGAGGACUUUAUUCAGGUUCCUAGGAGUCUUGUGGGAAAAGUUAUUGGCAAAAAUGGCAAAGUUAUUCAGGAAAUUGUGGACAAGUCUGGAGUUGUGCGAGUGAGGAUUGAAGGAGACAAUGAGAACAAACUGCCCAGAGAAGAUGGAAUGGUUCCGUUUGUCUUUGUGGGUACUAAAGAAAGCAUUGGGAAUGUCCAAGUGCUUCUUGAAUACCAUAUUGCCUAUUUGAAGGAGGUGGAACAGCUGCGGAUGGAGAGGCUCCAGAUUGAUGAGCAGCUACGUCAGAUUGGCAUGGGGUUCAGACCUUCAUCCACCAGAGGUCCCGAAAAGGAAAAGGGUUAUACCACAGAUGAGAACAACCCUUCCUCUGUACAAGGCUCCAGAUCCUAUAGUGGAAGAGGUAGGGGACGGAGAGGCCCCAAUUACACCUCUGGCUAUGGAACAAAUUCUGAGCUGUCUAAUCCCUCUGAAACAGAAUCGGAAAGGAAAGAUGAACUGAGUGAUUGGUCAUUAGCAGGAGAUGAUGACAGGGAGAGUCGACAUCAACGUGACAGCAGAAGGCGUCCACCAGGGGGAAGAGGGCGCAGUGUUUCUGGAGGUCGUGGACGUGGUGGUCCCCGCGGUGGGAAGUCCUCUAUAAGUUCUGUGCUGAAAGACCCAGACAGCAACCCUUACAGUUUACUUGAUAACACAGAGUCUGACCAGACUGCAGACACAGACGCAAGUGAAUCACACCACAGCACUAACCGGCGUAGGCGAUCUCGUAGACGAAGAACUGAUGAGGAUGCUGUCUUAAUGGAUGGAAUGACAGAAUCUGACACAGCAUCUGUUAAUGAAAAUGGCUUAGAUGAUAGAGACAAAAAACCCCAGCGACGCAAUCGUAGUCGCAGGCGUCGUUUCAGGGGUCAGGCAGAAGAUAGACAGCCAGUAACAGUUGCUGAUUAUAUAUCAAGAGCAGAAUCUCAGAGUAGACAAAGAAACCUCCCAAGGGAAACACUGGCCAAAACCAAGAAAGAAAUGACAAAAGAUGUGAUUGAAGAAGUUGGCCUUUCUGAAAAGGCCAUAAAUGGCCCUGCAGUUAUUUCUGAGACUGAGCCUUCCAAUUUGCAGCAUAGUCCUGAAGAAAGGCCUAGUACUGUACAAGAAGAUGGGAAUAAACAGGACGAAGCUGUGCUGAAUGGUGUUUCAUAAACAGAGUUCCUAGUUUACAGUUCUUUUACAUUUACAUUUUACAAUAGUGCUUGUAUAAGCUUGCCAAAGAUAGAAUAUGGAUCGCGAGUCUUGACACCGCACUUUCAGUUCCUCCAUUUUGGAAAACAGAACGGGGAGGGAUCCUGAAGAAAUCCAAUGUUGAACAUACUUUGACACCUACUGUGUUAUAAAUAUCAUCAGAUGUGCCUUGAGAAUAGUAUAUGUAACAUUUAAAUAAAAACAAAUUGCUGGCUAUAGGAAAUGUUAUUUUG